AUUGUAGAGUCAAUGGGGUCAACAAGUCCAAAACACACAUGCCUCAAACUGGAAAUUGGCAACAACAACAAGGAACUAAUAUUUGUGAAAGGCACAUGGUUUUCUUCUCACUUUGACCUCUUCAUCACUGAUGGCCUUCAAGCUUGGACUUGCCAUGCAUCUGAGGAAGAGGUUGAAGAGAGAGCAUCUCAGUGGGAUCAACCCGUUUCGGAGUAUAUUGAUUUGGGUGAGAAGUAUUUAGGAUUUCAACAGCCUGGUUCUGUUUAUGGCUUUGAUGAUGCUGGUACUGGCCAUAAAAGGCUCUCAUGGACAUUUGAGAAAGAAGGCACAAAGCUGGAAUGGCGGUGGAAAUGCCAACCAUCUCCUAAUAGCAAAAAAACUACAGUUGAUAUCCUGGACUUCCUCAUGGAUUCAAAUAUUAGAUUGAGUGAUGAAGUUGUCAGUAAAACUCAGUCAUUUGAGAGGCUGACAGUGGAGGCAGAAAAAUGUUUGACACAAAGCGAGAAACUCAGCAAAGAGAAAGAAGAAUUUGAAUCUGCAAUAUACGCAAAGUUUCUUGGAGUCCUGAAUUCAAAGAAGAAAAAACUCAGAGAACUUCGCGAUAAGCUCUCGAAACAAGGAACCGCUGUUGAAGAACCAGUAGACGAGGACACAGAAUCUACAGACAGAACUGAGAGCUUUGAUGAGGAAAAAAGUGGGGAAGAAGUAGAGAAGGAAGAUGUUGGCACUUCAUCGGAAAAGGAUGAUGUUGGCACUUCAAAAGAUGUUCCAGCCAGAAGGGGUCGGGGUCGCGGUCGAAAGAGAAAGUAAAUAUCUUAGAAACACCAUUACAACAUUUUAAUCAUAUCCUUGUUUUUGGCCUCUCUUUCUAACUGCUUUAGAUUUUACUUUCCUUUUCAUGGAGAAUGAGGAUGUAUAUGCACUAUUAAACUUGUGAAUAUGUCAAACAUUUGCCUCCCUGUUUUCCAAGGUAUUGGUACUAAAUUCUGCA